GAGCCGCUGGCAAGGUGUCUGGGGGCAGUGGAGGUGGCGGCGGCAGUGGCACUAAUGGAGGCAGCGGUGGCGGCACUCGGGACCGAGCUGCGGACCUGGCGUUGGAGUUGGGGAAGGCGCUCGGGGCGUUCAGCGAUGUGGCGGGGAACGCAACCGGGGCAGGCAAGUCGCUGGUGCAGGUUCGCUCCACGGCGCUGUCCGCGCUGCUGGCUCUCAACCAGACGGCUGCGCUGCUGGAUCGGGUGUGGGGGGCGGUGGAGGCGGCCAAGCGGGGAAACAAGCACGACGAGGACAUCAAGAAGGCAGCGGCGGCGGCCAUGCAGCUGGCCCUGAACGCCACCGCCAGCAGCACCCUGGCCAUGCAGCUGACGGGGGAGGCGCUGCAGCGGUCGGCCAGCGAGGAGGCAAGCGAGCUGCUCGGCAUGCUGGUCAAGGUGUCCCAAGAGCUUGAGAAGACCUCUUCGAAGGGCAAACUGCCCAAGGUGAAGCGAACCGACGUGAAGGCCAGCAGCAGUGGUAGCAGCAGCAACAACAACAACAACACCAGCGCCUCUGGAACCGCUACUGCCACCUCCUCCAGCGGUGGUGGCAGCAACAGCGGCGGCGGCACUGCUUCCUCCGCUGGCAGCAGCAGCACGGCUGGUAGUACAACUGCCACAACUACCGCCGGCAGCAGCAGCAGCAGCGGCAGCAGCAGUGCCGCCAAGGGCUCGAGCACGAGCGGUACCACCACCAAGGCCUCGGACCCCACAGCUACUGCUGCCACGUCGGCAGCUUCUUCCGGCAGUGCUGCCAACACCGGUGGUGGCAGCAGCAGCGGCAGCACCAGCAGCGGCGGUGCUGGCAGCAGCAGCGGCAGCAGCUCCUCGGCUGCCCAGGCGCCUGCCGUGGGUGCCUCCUCCUCGGGUACUGCCUCCUCCUCCUCAGAUGAGCGCAUGGCUGAGACGGCGGGGCAGCUGGAGGAGGUGAUCAAGGACCUUAACAUCAAGAUCGCGGCGGCAGGCGGGGCGGGCACGGACACCGCCAGCACCGCGGCGGCAGCUGCAGCAGCCGCCGCCGCCGUCAGUAACGCUGCCGCUGCCACGGCGGCGGUGUCCACCGGCGGAGGAGGAGUGGUGGUCAGCGGGGGCGGCAGCGGCACGUCCAGCAGCGCCGUGGUUGCUCUUGGGAAGGGAGUUGCUCCUUCACCGCCUCCUGCUUCCUCUUCCGCUUCCAAGUCCUCCUCAGCCGCCACCACGACUGCCUCCAAGGGCGCCUCGGGCAUCGCAUCGCAGAGUGGCAGCUCUGGUGUUUCCGCAGCCACCGACGCUGGGAACACCACCAGCACCACCACCACUGCUGGAGUGGCUACUGGCAGCAGCAGUCUGAACGUGUCGGGUAUCGCUGCGGUGCUUCAAGACGCGGUGGCGCUCACCAAGGUCAGGCAGGACGAGGCGUUGCAGCAGAUCCAAGACAGCCUCACACACAGCGAUUCCAAGGUGGCAGAGCGAGUGGUGGACAUCCUGAAAGACAUCUCCGAAACCAAGAAGGAAUCAGCGGCGGCGGCCGCAGCAGCUGCUGGUUCCGCUGCUUCUGGGUCGGCAUCGACAUCAUCCACGGGUGGUGCGGCGUCGAAAGGUGGCAGGAGCGGCUCCGGUGGCGGCGGCGGGGGCUCGGCGGCUGGUGCUAUGGACCACCCGGCGCUUGCGGCGGCCGGCGGGGAGGCGGCGGCGGCGGCAGCAGCCGUGGCGGCCGCCGCAGCUGCUGCCAAGUCUGGCAGUAGCAUCGUCAACAUCGGCGGUAGCGGAAGCAGCGGCGGCGGCAGCAGCAGCAACAGUAGCAGCAGUAGCGGCGGCGGUAUAGAGGAUGUGCUUAUGGGGCUUGUGCACAAGAUUACCGACGGCGGUGGCGGUGGUGGCGGUGGCGGGGACAAGGGUGACAAGGACGCGGAGGGGCCGGUGGUGAAGGUGGACGCAGAAGGACACCUUGUGCAGGAGGAUGGAGACGGCGACGGCAUCGUGGGCCCCGUUGUCAAGGACGCUGACGUUCAGAAUGGCGGCAAGAUCCGUAGCAGUAGCAGUGGUGGCGGUAGCGAUGGGAAGCAGGAGGAGGAGAAGGAGGUGCAGCUGAGGAGGUCCGCCGCUGCUGCCGCCAGCGGUUUGGGGAGAUCCACGGAUGCGGCUGGGGCGGCGGAUUCGUCCGGCAGAGGGGGAGAGGUUGCGGCGGGUAAGCAACAUAGGAAGAUGGGCGUUGGGUUUGGGAUGGGGCUGGAGAGAGCGGGGUAGCGCGCUGGUAUUGGUGCCGAGAGGACUAAGGGCUGCGGGUGGUGAGGAGAGAGGCUUCAGGGGUUCAGGCUUACCUUACCGGUAUGUGGCAACGUAGGACCGUGUGGCUUACCAUGCAGCAAAGCAGACGUGGACUGCUCUUGGGUUUGUAAUUGGCACGGCUUGGACGGUAACUAUGUAUUGCUAUGACAGCUAUAUGACGGCGGCUGUGAGCAUCAGGCACUUAUCAGUAGCAAGAGAGGUAUCAGUUGGGGUGUGGGCGUCCCAAACCGGUUGAUGCAUUAGACGCGGGUUUAGCGUCAGUAAAGACACCGUGACAGGUGGUUAUCUCGUGACCAGGGCAGAAGUACGCAUUCGUUCCAUACCUCGGAGGUGUUGGGGUAAUGUACGUGGUGAUAUUCGGGAUUAGUGACAACGAUACGCGUUUGGGCCGGUCAGGGAGGUCUUGCUCCUCCUCGCAAUGCCGCGGUAGAGGGCUCGUCGCGUGCCACACCGUAACUUACCCGGUGCCGCGUGACGUUUAUACUGUAUUCAUGAAAGCGCGUGAUGAGACACAGGCCCGCCCUGCACGUGAGGGUAGCCGAGGAGCACAGGAAUGAUGGGCCGAGCGCUGCGUGUGGGGCGUGCGGGGCUAGGGGCUGAGACUGCCAUUAUGGCGCCCCAUGGGGAUCCUGAGGACCCUGCGCUGCCCCACGCGACACAUGCAAGGUGAGCCAAGCCAAGGCGGGGACCUUACAAAGCCGGUGGUACACCACCGGCAACACCCGCUUGAGGGUAAAAAGCACAUCUACCCACAUGCAGCGAUAAGGGUUAGCCUCCGGACAAACAUAUAGCACAGCAUUGACACAAGGCGAAACGGACACCUCGCAAAUAAAACACACAUGUUGGACCCAACCGCUCGCUUUUACGUCCUGUAGUUGGAAGAACACACGUAUACACAGUCGGCCUAACGAAUACAUUCCGACCACCUGUAAUCCGGUC